AUGGCCCUUUCCAUUCUUUCCGCUUCUCUUCUACUCGCCAGUAUCGUCGCCGGUCAGACUCCUGGCAAUACCACAGACAACCAUCCUAAACUUGAAACGUUUCGUUGCACCCUGAAAGACGGGUGCGUUAAAAAGACCAACUACAUCGUAGUGGACUCCAGUCAGCAUCCCAUCAACACGAAAGAUGGAACAAGCUGCCUCACGGGCAACAACCCGCCAAAUCCCGAGGCGUGUCCUAACGCUGAGGCUUGCGCGAAGAAUUGCAUUAUUGAGGGCAUCGCCGACUACACUACUAAGGGAGUCAUCACCUCGGGCGCAGACCUUCGCAUGAAAAUUCUGAACAACGGCACGGAAGUAUCGCCCCGCGUGUAUCUGCUGGAGGAGAACAAGCAGAGAUACGAAAUGCUUCAUCUGACAGGGGCUGAGUUCACCUUCGAUGUCGAUAUGGUCAAGUUGCCCUGCGGCAUGAACAGCGCUCUUUAUCUGUCCGAAAUGCUUCCCGACGGGGGCAAGAACACCAGUAUGCUGAACAAAGCCGGCGUUGCUUAUGGCACGGGCUACUGCGAUGCCCAAUGCUUCAAAACAUCCUUCAUCAACGGAGUUGCCAAUAUUGACAACAAGGGCUCUUGCUGUAACGAGCUCGACAUUUGGGAAGCCAACUCUCGCGCGACACACAUUGCCCCGCACCCUUGCAGUAAGCCUGGCCUCUACCAGUGCACAGGCGAAGAAUGCGAAAAGCAGGGCGUUUGCGACAAGAGUGGCUGCUCAACUAACCCUAACCGUCUGAAUGUCACCAACUUCUAUGGCAGAGGCAACAACUUCAAAGUUGACACUACCAGAAAGUUCACCGUUGUGACUCAGUUCCCGGCCGAGGGCGGCAAGUUGAAGGAGCUUCGUCGCUUGUACGUCCAGGAUGGCAAGGUCGUUGACAACAAUGUCGUCAACAUCGCAGGAUCUUCAAAGCUUAACUUCCUCAAUGAUGAUAUCUGCAAAGCCAACAACGCCCAGGAGUUCAUGAAUCUAGGUGGUAUGACUGGAAUGGGCGAGUCCAUGACCCGCGGCAUGGUUCUGGCGCUGAGCAUCUGGUGGGAUAAGUCAACUGCGAUGGAAUGGCUCGACACAAAAGCCGCCGGUCCUUGUAACGCGACUGAAGGUUUCCCGGAAAACAUUGUAAAGGUCGAGGCGAAUCCGGAAGUCACUUUUAGCAACAUUCGCUAUGGUGAGAUCAACUCAACUAUGAACAUGAAACUGUAA